AUGCAACCUUUUAUGAACGCUUUCCGUCGGGUUCCAUUUUCUCCUGGUAUUUUUAAAUUUGCAGCAAUUCCUCGUCGUGGAUAUGCUCAAGCUGCUCAAAAAAAUGAAAAGUUGAUUCUUUCGAUGGCUUUGCCCUACCGUACCGUCUUUGACAAAGUACCUGUAACUCAGGUUGAUCUUCCCACUGAGGAUGGUGAGAUGGGUGUUUUGAAAGAUCACGUACCCAUGGUUCAAUGCUUACGUCCUGGUGUUAUUCAGAUCACGGAUGAAUCCAACGCUGUUUCCAAAUACUUCGUUUCUGGUGGUUUUGCUGUCCAACAACCCUCGAAUGAGCUUUCUGUAACUUCUCCCGAAGCUUUUAAGUUGGAGGACUUUUCAUCUUCUGUCGUUGCUCAAUUGCUCGAAAAGUACAGAGCUGAAGCUGCCUCCUCGGAUGAAAAGGUUGCUGCUGAAGCUUCGAUUCGCGUAGGAGUUUUGGAAACCCUUUCUGGUGCUUUAAAAUAA